UUGAGGCCCAAGUGUGGGCCGUCAUUCAGAGGCGCUUCGGUGAGGCGUACGCGGCACAAAACCCGCGCAGUAUCACUGUCAAGGACGCCGAUGCAAUGGCCGGCGUGCUUCUCUUCCUGCACACAAGCCUUCACAAUGAAAAUAUGAGGAACAAUCGCAUGACGGUUGAGGAAUUUGUGCGAAACGGGAAUGAGUGCGUUGAUUUUGCCUUUUUGGAGCAGGACAUGCGUGAUAUGUACUACCGCGUGGCACAGCGGAAGUGGGAGCUGGAUGAGUUGCAACGCACACCGCGGCAGGUGGAACUAGAGAAGAAAAUGCCGUCUUUAUCUUCUAAGAUACGGCAGCAGCAGAAGUGCUCUUCCUUUUCUUCUGUCGCUGACCUGGCAAAUGAAGAGACAUCGUUCUCCACAGCAAUGAAUACGCCGGGAAGCUCAAAGAGUUUUCGUAAAGGUAACGAUGAAUCCGAAGGCUCUCGCUUGCUUGACAACGUCGUGGUGCCCUACACGGCAUGCCCGGAGGGUUUUAAGCUGCGCGAGUCGUAUCAUCAGAGAUAUGUGGAUGUGGCGACCCAGCACCUGCGACAACUAGAGUGCGAACACCGCAUGCAACGCCUAGAGGCUUGCUCUCUGCAGCCGUAUAUUGCGCCGCACUAUGCACAGCACGUUCGUCCAAUGCUCUUGAUGCUGUACCCUCAGAUUGCCGCAACACUCUACAUGGGGUUUCGUGUGCUUGAGGAACAGCCUAUAUUCCGCCUUAUUCUUAGUACGUACGACAUGCUAUACGAUCUGGCGGCGGUUUUUGUGGUGAAUCUUUCAGGGUUGCGUGUUGCAGUGGAGCGGCAAAUUCGGCGUUGGUUGGAGGAUGAGAACGCCCAGAGUCUUCUCCCACCCAUCCGGGGUACAUUCAUGCUGCCCUUGAUGAAUCUGCUAUGA